GUACUUGUCGAACAAUGUGGCAUACCUGCAAGGAAAGCGUGCAGUGUUUACGUUAACAUUGCCGAAAGUCGUGAUCUGUGGGAUUAAGUUGAAACGAAUCGUCAUGUUUUGCUGCAAUCCGCUGAAUUCGAUCGCAUGUAAAGCAAAUGGGAUCAAAAUUCAGGCUCAGGAUUUUUGUUUCACUUCGCCUCCCCUUAUUUCAGGGUUCUCAUUUGUUCAGCGAUUCCCAGUUUUGUAUCGUUUGGUGCUGUGUCUUCCAUUCCGAAACUUUUUCAAUGUUCAUCAGGCCGCGUUUAAUUUCAUCCCUAAGUUUUCCGUCCAUUAAUCAUGCGUUACGCUCCAAGAAUGUCGGCCGAAUCAGUAGCGCUGAGCAUUGCCGGUCGAUGUUUCAUAAACCCACGUUUGAUUUGAGUCGCUCAUUUUCGAUUGGUCUAUCAGCAAAAAGCAAAGGAUGGGAAAGGAAGGAUCUUGAGAAACGUUCAGCGGAUGAGUCUGACUCCGACUCAGAUUCCGAUGAUGAGAAACUGAAAGGAGAAAGUGCUUUUUGGAGACAGAAAAUGCGCACUCACCAUCACGCCAUCGACAUUAACAAAGACGGAACAGUUUCAUGGGAUGACUUUGAAGAGCUAGUGAAACGCUUUGAAACCUUGGGAAAUAUGAAUAAAGAUCAAGCGGAGUCGUUCCGCAAAGUUUUGCAGAACUAUUGGGAAGAGUUUUGGACGUCGGAUCCGAAUGCGUUUGUCAUGGCUGACGAAUUCUUGAGGAGCAUGCAUCACGUUGUCAACACUUCAGAUUUGAGGAAGAAAGUUGGCGCACCAUUACCAUAUUUUUUCAAGGCCGUGGAUCAUGAUGGUUCCGGAGAGAUUUCUGUGGAAGAAUACAAAUUGUUUUUCAAGUGCCUGGGACUUCCUGAAGAAUCAGCUGUCAAAUCGUUUAGAGCUAUUGACAAGAAUAAGGACGGUCUUCUUUCGGAGAAAGAAUUUGUCAAGAUCGGAAGAGACUUUUUCUUGUCUGAAGACGAAUCUCGAGCAAGUAAAUUAUUUUGGGGACCGCUCGUCAACUGA